AUGACUUCUUGCUUUACAGUGCUGUCAAAUUAUUGCAACACAGUGAUGGAGCAGCGCAUCAAUGGACUGUUACCUGAGCCUUUACAGAUAUUUCCACGAGCCGGUAAGACCCCAGGGAUCCGCAAUAUACAUGGCCUGAAGGUGAACACGCGGCCCGAAUCCUCGAGUGGCAGGGGCUCCUCUGCGGCUGAUUCCCGGUCCAGUGAUAGCAGUUUAAAGAAAUCUUCAGCUGAGCUUAAGAAGAUUUUGACGAAUGGACAGAUAAAUGAACAUGACCUCCAGUACCAGGAGCAGCUUGGCCAUGGAAAUGGCGGAACAGUUUACAAGUGAGUGUUGCUCUCAUGGUUUUUACCUUGAGAUUUAAUUAGACUGAUUGUGGUUAUUCCUCUCGACAUCACCGUGGAGCUGCAGAAGCAGAUCAUGUCAGAGCUUGAGAUCCUUUAUAAGUGUGAUUCUCCAUACAUCAUAAAGUUCUACAGUGCUUUCUUUGUGGAGAACAGAAUAUCGAUAUGCACUGAGUUUAUGGAUGGUGGCUCUCUGGAUGUCUACUGGAGAAUCCCAGAGCAUGUCUUGGGCAGAAUUGCUGUUGCAGUGGUAAAAGGAUUAACGUACCUCUGGAGCCUAAAGAUUUUACACAGAGAUGUGAAACCCUCCAACAUGCUGGUUAACACACGGGGCCAGGUCAAACUGUGUGACUUUGGAGUCAGCACACAGUUGGUGAACUCCAUUGCUAAAACAUACGUUGGAACCAAUGCAUACAUGGCGCCAGAGCGGAUAUCAGGGGAACAGUAUGGUAUUCACUCAGACGUGUGGAGCGUAGGAAUCUCUUUCAUGGAGUUGGCGCUGGGCUCUUUUCCAUAUCCACAGAUUCAAAAGAACCAGGGUUCCUUAAUGCCUCUUCAGUUAUUGCAGUGCAUUGUUGAUGAGGAUCCUCCGGUGCUUCCAAUUGGUCAGUUCAGUGAGAAAUUUGUCCACUUCAUUACACAAUGUAUGAGGAAGCAACCCAAAGAAAGACCAGCUCCAAAUAAUCUUAUGGACCACCCCUUUAUCAUGCAAUAUAAUGAUGGCAACACUGAGGUCGUGUCCAUGUGGGUGUGCCGCAGUCUAGAGGAGCGCAAAAGCCAGCAAGCACAGAGACUCCUGUGAACAGCAGCGGCACCAGAUGGAAUUCUGGGAUAAUAUGGUGUCCACAUUUCCUCAGUUUACUCUUCCACUAAACCUAGAGAAGCAGCGGCUGAUCUUGCAGCACCUCACAUAGAGCACCUCCUCGCAGCCUUGAGUUAAAUGGUGUAUGGUGAGAGAACUGCUACGAGUCCAAUGCAGAUUAUGCUAGCAUCCUGCAAAUGAGGAUUUUAACCGUGUAUGUUGGUUUGCAUCGAUGCAAAUCUUUAACUUUGUUCUUCUGCAGUGGGUUUCUUUUCACUUUCUGUGCAGAUUCCAAAGUAAAUGUUUUUGCUGAAGAUCCAUGCGGGGGGCUGUUGCUUGCUCGAUUUUCUCGAGAUUUAGUCCCUGUGGGUUUGGAUUUGAGAGAAAAUACCGUCUCUGUCUGUACUUAAAGCAACAAUCUGGUUUUGCCAAAACAUUGUGGGCAUGUCAUAAAUCAUCUCGGUUUUUAAAUAUAUGGGCUUGUGUCGAGCAUUGCUCCCUGCUGCAGUGCAAGUCAUGCUGCUGUUGUUUUAAAAGCCACUUUUUGUUGAGUUUCACAAAUGGCCUGCCAGUUUUGGCAAUACACCAUUGAAGAUGGAAAAAUGUGAUGCCUUGUUAUGGUGGAAGGCUCGUGUGGAUGAUAUUUUAGAUAGUCCAGCAGCAGCCGACUGUAAUGAUGCAUGAGAGGCCAGUGGAUUUGGUUCUUGCCCUCAUCCAGCAUAAGCCCAGCUGUGAACUUUAUUCAAGGGGUUCAUGGGAAUUGGUUACUUUGAUUUGGGCAUUGCCUUAAUCUCUCUUUUAAGGUCAUUUUAUACAAGUUUAGCUCUAUGUACACUACUGUGUAAAAGUUU